AUGACGGUUAGCGGAAACACGCAGACAACCUCCCUGCAGGAGUUGAUCGCGCGCUAUCGAGGAGACCGGAAGCUUGUGCUUGUAAUAGUAGCGGUCGCACUGCUCUUGGACAACAUGCUCCUCACAUCUGUUGUUCCAAUCAUUCCAAAUUUCCUCUACGAAAUUCACAAACGUGAGCUGUCGGAGCAGAAUAAAACCUUAGAGAUCAUCACGCCGUCACCCACACCGAGAAUGGUAUCGUUCUCUGCCGAUAAUGCAACAGAUCCGGGACCGGAUCUCAUAAAUCAUGUGAUAAAACCCACCCGACCCGAUGUCACAGAAUACGGAUCCGGACGGACUCUUGCUCCUCCGAUAGAUCGGAACGCGGCAUCGGAUGAGCUCCGUAAACAGCGACAGGAGGAAGAGGACGAAAGACUCCGUCAUCGACUGCUCGAAAACGAAAACGUGGAAGUGGGUCUAUUGUUUGCAUCGAAACCGGUCGUGCAAGCCAUGGUGAAUCCGUUGGUCGGAGAAAUCACCAAUAGAAUAGGAUAUACGGUGCCCAUGUUCGCGGGCUUCGUCAUCAUGUUUCUGUCCACAUUAGUGUUCGCGGCUGGGGCUUCCUACGGUACGCUGUUCUUCGCGCGAAUACUUCAAGGCGUGGGAUCUGCUUGCACAUCCGUCGCGGGCAUGGGGAUGCUGGCCGAUAAGUUCCCUGACGAUAGGGAGCGCGGCAACGCGAUGGCAAUUGCGAUGGGCGUCGGCUUGGCCCUCGGAGUCAUGAUUGGACCUCCGUAUGGAGGAAUCAUGUACGAGUUCGUAUCGAAAUCCGCUGCUUUCCUGGUGCUAGCUGCUGUGACCUUGCUGGACGGCCUGCUCCAGCUUGCUGUACUCCAGCCCUCGAUAAGUCAAGGAAACAUUGAGGGUGCUUCUCUGGGAGAACUUCUGCGCGAUCCUUAUAUCAUCAUCGCCGCGGGGGCGAUAACGUUUGCUAACCUCGGAAUCGCUGUGCUCGAGCCGUCAUUGCCUCUCUGGCUGAUGGACACGAUGCACGCCCCAAAGUGGCAGCAAGGUGCUGUGUUUCUACCUGCGUCUAUAUCGUAUCUGAUUGGCACGAAUCUUUUCGGUCCUCUCGGUCACAAGCUUGGCCGCUGGCUAUCCACAAUGGUCGGCCUGAUCAUAAUAGGACUCUCACUCCUAUGCAUUCCGAUGGCAAAAAAUGUGAAUCAGCUGAUACUGCCCCAAGCAGGAAUCGGCUUCGCUAUCGGGAUGGUGGAUUCCUCGAUGAUGCCUAUGCUCGGCUAUCUGGUGGAUAUUCGACACACUUCGGUGUAUGGCUCGGUGUAUGCCAUCGGAGACGCCGCUUUCUGUAUGGGCUUUGUUCUUGGACCUCUUAUCUCUUCGAGCGUCGUGAAAACGUUCGGCUUCAAAACGCUUGUAUAUUUGACGGGAGUUGUCUGCAUCUGUUAUGCACCGUUACUGAUGAUGUUACGGAGCCCACCUGCAAAGAACGAAGACCGGUCUCUCGUCAUGGGGACGACAACACUUCGUUAUGACACCUACACUAAUGAAGAAUCGCCCGUCGAAGAAACGAAACUAUCGAAUCAAAACUCCGCCGUUGUUCAUUGA